GACUAAGGAUGCACGCGGACGGCUGCAGUCCGAGGUAAUCACGCAUGGAAGAUGGGGCAGGGCGUCCUCGCCCAGAAACGGGACCCGGCAACUUGAAAAGCGGCACCCGUUGCUCAGCACAAGUUUCUCCUGGCUUGCAAUGAAGGUGGCCUGAAUCGACAUUCAUUUUAUUUAACCAUCCUUUCCUCUCCUGUUAUAAGCUAUAUUUUCUGUGAGUUCUGCUCAAGUGAUAAGAAUGUGUUGCAAUGGUGACAUAAAGUCUUGACUGAGACUGGGAAAGAAGCUGAAACACCAUCUUUUCUUUUGUUCUUUUUUUUUAUGGUGCUUCAAUUGGGAACUGUCUGAGACAAGUAUAUACAACAUGAGUUUUAUCAUGAAGCUUCACAGACAUUUUCAAAGGACAGUUAUUCUGCUUGCCACUUUUUGUAUGGUGAGCAUUAUUAUUUCUGCUUACUACCUGUAUAGUGGCUACAAACAGGACAACGAACUCUCUGAGAUGGCUUCAGAAGUGGACUGUGGGGACCUCCAACACCUGCCAUACAGGUUAAUGGAAGUGAAGACCACAAAGCCUUUUGAUGCCUCAAGGACAGACCCCAUAGUCCUGGUGUUUGUGGAGAGCCAGUACUCAUCCCUCGGUCAAGACAUCAUUAUGAUUCUGGAAUCAAGUAGAUUCCAGUAUCACAUUGAAAUCGCUCCUGGAAAGGGGGAUCUCCCAGCUCUUAUAGACAAAACCAGAGGCAAAUAUAUUCUCAUUAUUUAUGAGAAUAUUUUAAAGUAUAUAAAUAUGGACUCUUGGAAUAGAAGUCUUUUAGAUAAAUACUGUAUAGAAUAUGGUGUGGGUGUCAUAGGAUUCCAUAAAACCAGUGAGAAGAGCCUGCAGAACUUUCAGUUAAAAGGUUUCCCUUUUUCCAUAUAUGGAAACCUUGCUGUAAAAGAUUGUUGUGUUAAUUCUCAUUCUCCACUGCUUCGUGUGACCAAAUCUUCUAAGCUUGAAAAAGUUCCUUUGCCUAGAACUGACUGGACAGUUUUUCAGACCAAUCACUCAGCUUACCAACCAGUGAUAUUCGCCAAAGUAAAGACCCCAGAAAACCUUUCUCCUCCCAUCUCUAAAGGUGCUUUUUAUGCCACUAUCAUACAUGACCUGGGGCUUCACGAUGGAAUUCAAAGAGUUCUUUUUGGCAACAACUUGAACUUCUGGUUGCACAAGCUCAUCUUCAUAGAUGCUGUCUCCUUCUUGUCUGGGAAGAGGCUGACAUUGUCUUUGGACAGGUACAUCCUUGUGGACAUUGAUGAUAUCUUUGUGGGGAAGGAGGGAACAAGAAUGAACACCAAUGAUGUUAAGGCCCUGCUUGAUACACAGAAUCUUUUGCGUGCACAAAUCAUAAAUUUUACAUUCAACCUGGGAUUUUCGGGGAAAUUUUACCAUACAGGAACUGAAGAGGAAGAUGAAGGGGAUGACUGUUUGUUGGGGUCUGUCGAUGAGUUCUGGUGGUUUCCUCAUAUGUGGAGCCAUAUGCAGCCCCACCUCUUCCAUAAUGAGUCGUCAUUGGUGGAGCAGAUGAUUCUCAACAAAAAAUUUGCCUUAGAGCACGGCAUUCCUACUGACAUGGGCUACGCGGUGGCCCCGCACCACUCAGGUGUCUACCCUGUACACGUUCAGCUUUAUGAGGCCUGGAAGAAGGUUUGGAAUAUUAAAAUCACCAGCACUGAAGAGUAUCCACAUCUAAAACCAGCUCGAUAUCGGAGGGGCUUCAUCCACAAAAACAUCAUGGUUCUCCCAAGACAAACCUGUGGGCUUUUCACUCACACAAUUUUCUACAAAGAAUAUCCAGGAGGUCCUAAAGAGCUGGACAACAGUAUCCAAGGAGGUGAACUUUUCUUCACUGUAGUCCUCAACCCAAUCAGCAUUUUCAUGACCCAUUUGUCCAACUACGGGAAUGACCGACUGGGGCUAUACACAUUUGUUAAUCUGGCCAACUUCGUUCAGAGCUGGACCAACCUACGACUUCAGACUCUGCCUCCACUGCAACUGGCUCACAAAUAUUUUGAGCUCUUCCCUGAACAGAAAGACCCUCUCUGGCAGAAUCCUUGUGAUGACAAACGCCACAGAGAUAUUUGGUCUAAAGAAAAAACCUGUGAUCGCUUACCAAAAUUCUUGAUAAUAGGACCCCAGAAAACUGGUACCACAGCUUUGUAUUUGUUCCUGGUUAUGCAUCCUUCCAUCCUUAGUAACUCCCCCAGCCCAAAAACCUUUGAGGAGGUACAGUUCUUUAAUAGAAAUAACUACCACAGGGGGAUUGAUUGGUAUAUGGAUUUUUUCCCUGUUCCAUCUAAUGUCACCACUGACUUUCUGUUUGAGAAGAGUGCCAAUUACUUCCACUCAGAGGAAGCUCCUAAAAGAGCUGCUUCCCUGGUCCCCAAAGCCAAGAUCAUCACCAUCCUCAUUGAUCCAUCGGACCGAGCAUACUCCUGGUACCAGCAUCAGCGAUCGCAUGAAGACCCUGCAGCUUUGAAGUUUAGCUUCUACGAAGUAAUCUCAGCUGGUCCACGUGCGCCCUUUGAGCUCAGAGCCUUGCAGAAGAGAUGUUUGGUCCCCGGGUGGUAUGCCAGCCACAUCGAGAGAUGGCUUGUUCAUUUCCCCCCCUUUCAGUUGCUAAUUGUCGAUGGGCAACAGCUGAGAACUGAUCCAGCUACAGUGAUGGAUGAAGUGCAGAAGUUUCUGGGAGUGUCUCCUCAUUAUAAUUACUCUGAAGCUUUAACGUUUGAUUCUCAUAAAGGUUUCUGGUGUCAAUUACUAGAAGAAGGUAGAACAAAAUGCCUUGGGAAGAGCAAAGGAAGAAAAUACCCUCCAAUGGAUUCUGACAGCAGAGCGUUUCUGUCAAGCUAUUAUCGAGAUCGCAAUGUGGAACUCUCAAAGCUGCUGCACAAACUGGGGCAGCCUCUGCCAUCCUGGCUGAGACAGGAGCUGCAGAAAGUGAGAUAGCACUGAGGGAAAACGUCUUGAGGAUUCAUCUUCCAUGAAACACUCACCUUUUCCAAAGCUUCCAGAAGCUACCAAAUGGCUGUUGAAAAAUAUACCUCUUCAAACGAGAAAAAAGAACAAAGUUCCUUCCAUGUGCUGGCAUAUGGAUGGUUAAAAAAAAAAAAAAGAAAAGAAAAAAAUGUCUAUUACAAGCCUUGAGGCCUAUGGCCUUUCUCUUAACCCAUGUCUGAGCCUGUGGGAUUAUUGUAGACUACUGUGCACACAUGUGAAAGUCAAUAACAGCAACCAACAUAAAUAUCAAACUCAAAUGCAGAACUCUUCCAUUUCAUAGUAAUAUUUACACUUUUAUAUAUCAAUUAAUUGUGUCUUUGUAGAUUUGUAGGCCACUGUUUGCCUGUAUAAUGUUUUAUUAUUUUUGAUUCUGUAAAGUGACCCACAAUCAAGAAGUAAACUAGACAUCACAGUGUAGCAUAAAAUGCCAAAAGCAUCACACCCUAAAAAAAGUUUGCCAAAAUUCAAAUCCACUGAAGUAUUGAGAAACAUUUGUAAAUUACAAUUUGUGCUAGAACAGAGAGUGGAAAAGUUGCAUAUGAGCUUUAUCUGCAUAAAAAAAAAGUUUAGUGCUAUAGCAAAAAAGAAAAGUGAUUUAUCAGAUUAUGUAGUCUGGUGCAUUUAUGUAAAAAUUACUAACUCCUUUGUCAUAACGUAAUUGUUGCACUGAAAUAUAUAUUGUAGAGUUGUUGGAUGGUAAUAGAAACACACUGACUAUACUAAAACAGUAAAUAAUAAAGUGUACUAUCCUCCAAAAGGGAGAAAUCGUAAGGAUCUAAAGAUAUAUCAAGGAGCCCUGGUGACACAGUGGUUAAAGCACUCAGCUGCUAACUGAAAGGUUAGUGGUUCAA